AUGGAAAUUCUCCGAAAGUUCAAACUUCCCGCGAGAUCCAAGUCGCCGAUCUUCGCUUUUACAGUUACCGGCCUAGCUCUCACCGCCGUCACUGGCGCCGCCGCCCUUUCUGUUUUCCGGGACACUCCUUCCGUUCAUAAUCCCAACAAAAUUGCGACGGCGAUCGAAGGCGUCGCUCGCUCUUCUCGCGCUAUCUACGCCAUCACUCUCACCGUCGCCGAUUACAAGUAUAAUCUGCGUGGUUUUCCGGUGGAUUCCGAUGAGUAUCUUCAGAGAUUAACAGAGGUUCAUACACGGUCUGCUAGAAGAUUUCGUAAACUGUGUGAAAGUAAUAAAGGUUUCUAUGUGAAAGCUGGUCAGUUUGUGGCUACGUUGAAGCUAGUUCCUAAAGAGUACUCUUUGGCACUUUCCUCGUUGCAGGAUCAGGCAGUUCCUUGCAGUUUCCAAGAUAUAAAACAUGUUCUGAGCAGCAACUUGGGUCAAAAUCUGGAAGAGAUAUUUUUGUCUUUUGAUGAGGAACCAAUUGCGGCAGCAUCCAUUGCUCAAGUACAUCAUGCAGUAUUAAAGAACCAUCAGGAAGUAGCAGUGAAGGUGCAAUACCCUGGAUUGAAGCAGAAUAUGAAGUUAGAUACAAUGAUCAUGUCGUUCCUUUCAAAAUCUGUUGCAAAGAUUUUUCCAGAAUACAGAUUUGACUGGCUGGUUUAUGAAUUCGUAAAGUCAAUUUCCCAGGAACUUGAUUUUAUACAGGAGGCAAAAAAUUCAGAGAGAAUUGCCAAAAACUUCAAACAUAACAAAAUGGUUACCGUUCCUACAGUCUUUUGGGAGUUCACAACCGCUCAAGUCCUGACAAUGCAGUUCUGCAAAGGUUUCAAGGUUGACGAUGUGGAAUCCCUCAAAAGAACCAAUUUAAGUCCUGAAAAGGUUGCUAAAGCAUUGGUUGAAGUGUUUGCUGAAAUGAUAUUCGUUCACGGAUUCAUACAUGGCGAUCCACAUCCCGGAAAUAUACUAGUUUCUCCUCGAGGCAACAAUGGCUUCUCUCUAGUUCUGCUAGACCACGGGAACUGUAAAACAUUGGAUGAAGGAUUUAGACUAGACUUUUGUCGACUAUGGGAGGCUCUGAUUCUUCUGGACUCAAAGAAGAUACAAGAAUUAGGUAAACAGUUUGGUGUUGGCAAAUAUGCCAAAUUCUUCCCUGUCAUUUUUACCGGAAGAACUAGUGAAAGCAAAUCAGGACUAGGAAAAGGAAUGUCUAUACAAGAGAGGCAAAAACUGAAACAGGAGCUCAAGCUUUUGAAAUUAGAAGAUGUCACUACUUUCAUGGGUUCUCUUCCACCUGACUUUCUCACCGUACUGCGAACAGAUGGACUCAUACGGUCAAUCACUUUGAAGUUAGGUGCUCCACAACGAGUGAGACUACUCGCUUAUGCGAAAUCUGCGGUUUAUGGGCUCGGCUACAACCUUGUUUCUGAACCAGAUUUUGUUGACAAGUCGAUAACCUCUAGAUCUCUUAUGUUGAUGAGUUACCUUCGGUUACGUCUUGUUUUGGAGUUGGUGGAGCUUUUUCAAGGAAUGAAGAAGCUGAAACAUACAAUCUAUACUUUAUAUGAACGAAUUAUCAACGGUAUCACAAAAAAUGUAAAGGUCUCGAGUGCAUUAUAG